UUCACCAUCCUUUUCUGCAGCUUCUGGGUCUGUUUGACGUCGCAGAAGCAGGGAAUUAAACAUUGAACAGCCCGUGCAUAUAGAGGGCAUUUUUAAACAGACUCCUCGUCCUCAUUAAAUUUUAUUCUUGGAACUGAGAUGGCAAAAGGGAAGAAAAAUGUACUGAGAGACAAAAAGCCCCAGGACAGUGUUGAACGUAAAGUCACCUCACAGAACGAGACAAAGGAGAACAAACCAGCAACUAUCAAGGAUUGCAAGGGUAAAGUGCAGUCCAUUCUCCAGAGUCUACGAAAUUCAAGCAAACCUAGAGCCCCUCUCGGUGACAGUUCAAGCAUGCUGAUCCAGGAAGGAAAUGAAUCUGAUGGAGCUAAUCCUGACAUAUCAAAGCUGGAAAAGAGCAAGCCCGAUAACACAGAACCUGAGAGCUGUGAGUCCAAAGAGCAGAAUCCUGAAAUGGCUUCUCACAGUCAUGGGAUCACAGAGCAAGCCACUGACCAACUUGUGCAAAAAGAAUCCACCACACCGACAAAUGCUGGGUCUACAGCAAGCAAAAAAGUUUCAGCAUCAAAACCCCGGAGCAGAACUGGUCACAAACUUGGAGCAAAGAAGAUGGAGACUAAAGUUUGCCAAAACAGAAAGGUUACAGACUAUUAUCCCAUCAGACGAAGUAACAGAAAAACUAAGGCAGAGUUGAAGGAUGAGGAACAUAAACAUAUCGAUGACCUGAUAACGAAUGGCACAGAAGAAGGAAUGCAGAUCAAAAACAUAGAAGGAAAAGGAAGAGGGGUAUUUGCUGUCAAGGGCUUCAAAAAGGGAGAGUUUGUGGUAGAGUACCAUGGAGACCUACUGGAGCUAGCUGAGGCGAAAACAAGAGAGGCCCAGUACGCUCAAGACCCGCAGACAGGCUGUUACAUGUACUAUUUCCAGUAUCAGUGCAAGACCUACUGUGUAGAUGCUACAAAGGAAACAAGUCGUCAUGGAAGACUGAUCAAUCACAGUAAAACAGGCAACUGCCAGACUAAGCUUCAUGUCAUCGAUGGAACCCCUCAUCUGAUCUUAGUGGCUUCCAGGGACAUCAAAGCAGAGGAGGAGCUGCUGUACGACUACGGUGACCGGAGUAAAGCUUCGAUCUUGGCUCACCCUUGGCUUAAAUACUGAAUAUUUGACCAAAACUGUUCAGAAUUCAGAUGAAUUGGUGCUCUCUGCUGGCCUGUGACAUCUCUAUGGAGAAGAUGCUACAGAUAAGCAGGCCAACAUGAUUUUUUUUUUUUAAGUACAAAAACUGUUUUUGUUUUAGGUGGAGGCUAAAGCGUCAGCUCAGUGUAUUUUUGCAACAGUUGUUUUUAUCAUGCUUUUAUAUUUCUUACCUAACUGUAGUAGAUGGAUGCAAGCUUGAAGUGUUUUUCUCCUGGAUAAGUUUCACAUUGUCCAGGAAACCUCCUGGACAAUGUGACAUUUUGUAGGAAUAUAAUUCUGACCAUUCAAAUUCACAAUUGUAACUUAUUACCUGUGCUGUAAAUUGAAGAAUAAAAUAGUUUUUCAUUGCA